AGGACUAUGAGGCCGCGCCGCGAAAGGCGGCGCGGAUAUUUAGCCAAGAGGCGUUGCAGAGGCGAGCGGAGCGCGAGGGCUUGGUGUCGGUGCUCUUCGCGCAAGGCGCCAAGCUGGACCAGGUGCUGCUCCACUGCGAGGCCAUCCGAACCUUGGCCUUCAGCGCGCGGAAGCACUGCAAAUUCUGGCGGCCCUUCGUGGUGAUCACCGAUGGCCCGCUGCCGCCGGAGGCUUCGGCGCCGUUGCUGGCAGAUGGCCUGCAGGUGGUGGAGGCAAAGAACUCCCUGGGAGAUUUCGGCGCACGCCGCCAGGACAACUUGCAGCUUAAUAGCUGGUGGCUGGAGCGCGGCGUUGCGCCCACCGCCGUCAAGCUGGCAGUUUGGAACAUGACCAACUUCGAUCGCUUGCUCUUCUUGGACGCAGACACUCUGAUCCUGGGUCCCGUGGACGAGCUCUUCGAGUUGGACACCUUCGCGUCGGGGCUGAACCCCUACUCUGUGCACGGAGUUACGGAGAUGGAGCGGGGCAGCUUGCGCUACAGGAAACAUCCCGGCAUCAACACGGGUGUGAUGUUGCUGCAGCCCUCCGCGCAGCUCACGGAGGAAAUGGCGCAGUCCAUGGACUCCGGGCGCUUGGACCGCACGGCGAUCUCGGAGCACCUGGGCCAAUCCGACCAGCCCUGGCUGGACGCAUUCUGGCUACAGAAGUCCAGGCGGCUGGGCACAGCCAGGUUCGCGUCGCACAAAGGAGCUCGUUCGUUUCAAGGCUGCGACACCAGCUUCAGCGCUGACUGGGGUGCCGCCGGGCGGCGGCGGCGCUUGGAUGCCUGCAGCAGGGGCCGCGCGCGGGGCCGCGCGAGCGCCGACAAAGGCACAGAGCGCCCCUGGCCACACACUCCGCCGAGACGCGUGCGCCGCCGAGCCUCCACGCGGAUGCGGCCGCAUCACUGGGAACAGGCGCACUGUGUCCUGCCGGUGGAGUACGACUUCUUCGCGGACUACAAGGCCAUCCGCAUGCACGUCUGGUCAGAGUCGCGCGAGCGUGCACGCCUCGCAGAGGAAGGCGGCGUUUUGCCGUUGGAUCAGAACAUCACCGAUAUCGCAUGGGCAGUCAAGCAGUACGUGGAGGACUACGACCAGCUCCUGGGCAGCGGGGUGAAGAUCCUGCACUGGCCCGGGGAGCUGCGGAAACCCUGGCAGCGCUGGCACCAGGCCGUUCGAUCGCCCUGGGAUGAAGCCUGGUGGACCGCGCACCGCGAGAUGUGUCAAAGAAGCUCUGCCGCCUGUGUGAUCCACUGCGAGUGAGUUGUCAUGCCCAGCUGUCAGUGAGCA